AGUUCGAAGAGGUGCAGUUCAACGCGUCUCCAGAGGAAUUCACCAGCAAGAAGAUCACAACCAAGAUCCUGCAACAAAUCGAGGAGCCUCUUGCUCUGGCCAGCAGCGCUCUGCCUGAGUGGUGUGAGCAGCUCACCUCCAAGUGUCCUUUCCUUAUUCCCUUCGAGACCCGACAGCUCUACUUCACCUGCACAGCGUUCGGAGCGUCCAGGGCGAUCGUGUGGCUGCAGAACCGGCGCGAGGCGACCAUGGAGCGCUCGCGGCCGUCGACCACGGUGCGGCGUGACGACCCCGGGGAGUUCAGGGUCGGUCGGCUCAAACACGAGCGAGUCAAAGUGCCCCGAGGAGAAGCCAUGAUGGAGUGGGCGGAGUCUGUCAUGCAGCUGCACGCAGACAGGAAGUCCGUGCUGGAGGUGGAGUUUCUGGGUGAGGAGGGGACGGGCCUGGGUCCCACUCUGGAGUUUUAUGCUCUGGUGGCCGCAGAGUUUCAGAGAACCUCUCUGGGGAUGUGGCUCUGUGACGACGACUUCCCCGACGACGAGUCCCGACAGGUGGAUCUGGGCGGCGGUCUGAAGCCCCCCGGUUACUACGUGCAGCGAUCCUGCGGGCUGUUCGCGGCGCCCUUCCCUCAGGACAGUGAGGAACUGGAGCGAAUCACAAAGCUCUUCCACUUCCUGGGCGUGUUCCUGGCCAAGUGCAUCCAGGACAACCGUCUGGUGGACCUUCCCGUCUCUCAGCCCUUCUUCAAGCUGCUCUGCAUGGGGGACAUCAAGUCCAACAUGAGUAAGCUGCUGUAUCAGAGCAGGGGCCACGACCCUAACGGACCCCCCCACACGCAUCCCUUCCUGCUGCUGUCUGAGAUGCAGUCAGAGGCGUCAACUGAAGAGAGUCAGGAGACGUACUCUGUGGGAAGCUUUGAUGAAGACUCCAAGUCAGAGUUCAUCAUGGACCCCCCCAAACCCAAACCCCCCGCCUGGUACCACGGCAUCCUCACCUGGGACGACUUCCAGCUGGUCAACCCGCACAGGGCAAAGUUCCUGAAGGAGGUGAAGGAGCUGGCGGUGAAGAGGAGGCAGAUUCUGUCCAGUAAGAGUUUGUCUGAAGAUGAGAAGAACACCAGACUGCAGGACCUGAUGCUGAGGAACCCGCUGGGCUCCGGACCCCCCCUCUGCAUCGAGGACCUCGGGUUGAAUUUCCAGUUCUGUCCGUCCUCGAAGGUUCACGGUUUCUCAGCUGUGGAUCUCAAACCAAACGGAGACGAUGAGAUGGUGACGAUGGAGAACGCAGAGGAGUACGUGGAGUUGAUGUUUGACUUCUGUAUGCACACCGGCAUCCAGAAACAGAUGGAGGCCUUCAGAGACGGAUUUAACCGAGUGUUCCCGAUGGAGAAGUUGAGCUCUUUCAGCCAUAAGGAGGUUCAGAUGAUCCUCUGCGGCAACCAAUCACCGUCCUGGACUUCUGAAGACAUCGUCAACUACACAGAACCAAAGCUGGGUUACACCAGAGACAGUCCCGGUUUCGUGCGGUUCGUCAGAGUUUUGUGCGGGAUGUCGUCUGACGAGAGGAAAGCGUUCCUCCAGUUCACCACCGGCUGCUCCACGCUGCCCCCCGGAGGCCUGGCCAACCUGCACCCCCGCCUCACCAUCGUCAGAAAGGUGGACGCCACGGACUCGAGCUACCCGUCCGUCAACACGUGCGUUCACUACCUAAAGCUUCCGGAAUAUUCCUCCGAGGACAUCAUGCGGGAGCGCCUGUUAGCCGCCACCAUGGAGAAAGGCUUCCACCUCAACUGACCUCUGACCCCUCGCCUCACUGAGCAUGCUCCUCAAGUCCGUCUCGCCGCCCCGCCCUCCUCCUCCGCCGCCGCCGCGUGAUUGACAGCUCAGCCGGCCAAUCGGAAACCAGCCGACUGACUGACUGACAGCUGGAGGACGAGGAGGAGGAGGAGGAGGAGGAGGAGGAGGAUUUAUGUUGCAGAAUAAAAAGAAAGAAAAGUUCACAUCCUUUCCCCCUCACCUCCUUCCCUUGUCUCCUCGUGUUCUUCAUCCUCCUCCUCACCUGUGUGUGUGUGUGUGUGUGUGUGUGUGUGUGUGUGUGUGUGUGUGUGUGUGUGUGUGUUGUGUGU